AGGCAUGUGGGGGGCGAUACGCAUGUGCACACACGCGGAUGAAUCACAACCGAGGGAAGGAAUUUGUACACUACUGCUGUCAUGAACGGGUGCGAGACGGCGGCCAACGGCGUGCAGGCGAACGGCCGCGCCACCAAACACGAAAAGAUGGGACCAGAAGCCGACAAAAUGGCGGAACUACGAGAUCUCAUCUGCCAUCUCUACGACGUCGGGGCUGUCAAGUUCGGCAGUUUCAAACUAAAGAGCGGCAUGGACUCACCCGUGUACUUUGACCUCCGAGUCAUGGUGUCCCACCCUCAACUAAUGUGUACUGUGAGUGAGUUACUGUGGUCCAAGAUUUCCGACAGACGCAAAGAAUUUACUUCACUAUGCGGCGUCCCUUACAACGCUCUUCCCUUGGCAACCCUAAUAUCAGUCAAUCACGACAUUCCAAUGCUCAUAAGGAGGAAAGAGGUCAAGACCUACGGAACUAAGAAAGCAAUAGAAGGUUCAAUAGUGCCAGGGGCCUACUGUUUAGUUGUUGAAGACGUCAUAUCUUCUGGAGGGAGUAUUUUAGAGACGGUGGCCUCGCUGGAGAAGGAGGGGAUUUUGGUGAAGAUGGCGGUGGUUCUGUUGGACCGAGAGCAGGGAGCCGACAGGAACUUGAGAGAGAGAGGGAUUAUCGCCAUUAGUGUGUUCAACAUGACGGAAAUGAUGGAUAUUCUCUACUCAGCUGGCAAAGUCACAUCAGCUGAAAUGGAGUCAGUCCAGAAAUACCUCCAGACCAAUGCCAGCGAUCCGGUGCCUCUCACCCUCCCUCCCUCUCUCACACCCUCCCCCAAGCCCCACACGGCAUACAGCGAUCGUAUCUCUGCCACCAGCCACCCCCUCUCUGCCCGCCUUCUCUCCAUCAUGGACGACAAGAAGACCAAUCUAGCUCUGUCAGCCGACGUUCAGACAUCUAAAAAGCUCUUAGAGCUAGCUGAUACAGUUGGACCUCACAUCUGUCUACUGAAGACCCAUGCAGACAUCAUGACAGACUUCACCAUGGAAACUGCAAGUAACCUCAAGAUGUUGGCUCAGCAGCACAACUUUAUCGUCAUGGAGGACAGGAAAUUUGGUGACAUCGGCAACACGGUGAAGCUACAGUACUCUUCACCGGCUCUGAGUCUACCGUCUGGGUGGGCGGAGCUUGUCACGUGCCACGCCCUCCCCGGUCCGGGUGUGGUGGAGGGGUUAAAAGAGGUGGCGGUCGAGGGAAGUGGGUGUGUGAUGGUAGUUGAAAUGAGUUCUCAGGGCAGCCUUACCACACCUGAUUAUGUCACAGGUGCUGUUGCCAUGGCAAUAGCUCACCCGGAGUUUGUGGUGGGCGUGGUUUCCCGUCACAGACCGACUGGCCUGCCCCCCAGCAUGAUUGUCAUGACUCCCGGAGUAAAAUUACUCCAAGGAACGGACUCCCUCAGGCAGAAGUACAUUACUCCAGAGGAGGCCAUUGAGGACUUAGACAGUGACAUCAUCAUAGUCGGGCGUGGCAUCUACACAUCGCCUAAUACCGUGGAAACAGCCAAACAGUUCAAGGAGAGAGGCUACUCUGCCUACUUGCAGAGAAUUCAGAAGAACGGACAAGAACAUUAGCCAUGAUGUCAUCAUCAUUACUUGUACAUGAACACUGUGUGAUCACUCUAUAUAUAUAAUGUACUGGUUCUAAAUGAUGCCCAAUAUUCAAUUAUAAAUUAUUCUCUAUAAUACUGCAACUUUCCUUGCGUGCUUCUGUCAUCUUUGCAUGCAGGUAUUACGCAAAAGCCAAAAAUGUUUAUGGCUGGAAACUGAGUCUUGGGGAUUUCUAUAUGGCAAGGCAUACAAGCAAGAGUAACAGGCUACAAUCUCUUCUUGAGAGGUCUGAAGAGGCAUACAAUUCCCCUCCUCUGGUGAAGAGCCUCGGAAACCUUUUCUCCCAAUCCUUCCAGUUCCGCGGCAAUCUUCCCCACCAUCUCCCUCCUCCCCUCCCUCUCCCUCACCUCACUCAUACCCUUUCUGUACUUGGUCUGCACAAACACCCUAGCACUGUGCCCUCGCUCUAAGAAAUCUCUCAAAUGUGACAGUUUCACUGCGAGGUCGUGCUCCCCGAUCCGGGAAAAUAUCGUAAUGUCUUUUGUCGUGUUUAUCGGGUCGGCUUUUGCGGAUUUUUUCUUCUUUUUCGCCUCCUCCCACUGCUGUUUGCUUGUGAACAGUCGAUACACUGCUUCCGAAUCGGGCGACGGUUUCUGGACUUCGACCAGUUUCAGGUUUUUCGACUCGGCUAGUUUCACUGCAAUUUCAGAGUUCAUUACUCCGAGAUUGGUGCUCUGUUCGUCAAUAAGUCUCAUAGUUCGAGGUAGCGACAUCUUCUUCUGUCGUUUCUUGAGGGCGAUGUUGAUUGCUCGACUCAAACAUCGAGAGACGGUAAGUGAAGGAGAGAGACAAGAGGAAGGACGAAUGAAGAAAUAUUUAGGGUCUUUUAGACGAUUGAAAAGAGGAAAUCCGUCAAAGGAAUGAUAUCUCGAGUUUACUGGUGGGAGUACGCAGCAGGUACGCGUGAGGAUGAAGGUAGUGCUCAUUUUAGACCACGUGGAGUGAACAGAAAGGAUUUUCCGCAGUGAUCUCACGCUCAUUGCUCAUCUAGAACACAUCGGUGAUUCUUCUGAACACUUGUAUCCGAGUACAGGGCUGUAGAGACAAGAUUCUUCCGUGUGGACGAGACUAACUAAGGAGAACACGAUCGUAAAGCAGGAGCUAGAGAACCAUAGAAAGGCGUGGCUCUGCGA